UGGGUGAAGGGAGGAGAUGGUAAUACCACGAACUCAAAGCGGCGUAAAUAGAAGUGGAGAGAGAGGGAUUUGAGGGGAGAAUAAACAAAAACAUGAUAAAGAUUAAAAUGGGAAAUCUGAAGUCGUAUCAUCUCUUCUUGUUUCUCAGCAUCACAGUUCUGAUUAAUCCAAUUAGAACCUGCAAUGGCCAGCAGCUCUUCGUUUUUGGGGAUUCCCUCUAUGAUCCCGGUAACAAGCAGUUUGUCAGUAAUCACCCUGUUCCGGCCAACUUUUUCCCCUACGGGAUGACUCUUGGCCGACCCACUGGAAGAUGGUCUGAUGGGUUGAUCAUCCCAGAUUAUAUUGCUGGGUUCUUGGGUAUUCCUCAAGUUCCACCUUUUCUCGAGAAGCAAGCAGAUAUAAGUCAUGGAGCAAGUUUCGCCAUUGCUGAUGCUAGUGUUCUUGGUAAAGACUCCAGGAGUCUGAUGACUUUCGCUAAUCAAGGGAGAACUUUUGAGAGGAACAAGCGAAAAUGGACCCAACAAGAGCGAGAAGAAGCUCUUUACUUGUUUUACAUUGGAACUCAAGACUACUUGAAUUACACUCUAACCCACUCUGAUCCUUCUUUCUUUGACCAAGAAAAUUUCAUAAACAAUGUCGUUCUUGAGAUAGAGCAAGUCCUCAAGACCAUAUAUAGAGGAGGAGGGAGGAAGUUUGCCUUCCAGAAUUUGGCACCCUUGGGUUGCUUACCAGUGGCAGAUAAAUUAUUUGAAAGUAACCAUGAAUGUGCUGAACUACCCACAAUCAUGGCGGCACUGCACAAUAUAAAGCUUUUGGAGACACUGCAGAAGUUAGUUAAAACCUUAGAUGGGUUCCAAUUCACUGUCUUCAAUUACUACGAUGCUGUCUUUCUGAGACUCAACAGUGUUAAAAUCUAUGGGUUCAGGAAGAAGAACGCGUGUUGUUCUAUUCGAGAAACAGGGGCAUGUAAGAUAAAACAUGGUGAUGAAGGGGAUGAUUCAAAGAAAUGCGAGAAGCCGGGGAAGUACUUGUUCUUCGACGGGGAACAUGGGACAGAGAAGGCAAACGAACAAAUGGCACAUUUGAUGUGGAGUGCAGAUCCUGGAGUAGUUGGGCCUGUGAACUUGAGGGAGUUAUUUGUUUACCCAUUGACUGCACCUUUUGAUUACGUGGUUUCUGAUAGUCAAUUCGCAGCCACAACAUACCAGAAGAUCAAGUUACAUGAAGAAGAAGAAGAUGAAGAAGGAGAGAAAGAAGGAGAAGAAGGAGGUCUCGUUUUUUCAGCUUAAGUUAGAAAAACAGUACUUUAGUUUAAAUAUGUGUAAAAUUACCACUGAUGACUAUAAUCAACAUGCAUUAAUCAUAUGAAUUGCCAGUGGGUUAAUGAAUAACUGAAUCAUCUGAGAGAUUUUAACUA